GGACCUGUCCCGACCCCUGUACGCGAAGCCCCCCGCGGACGCGCGCGCGCUGGGCGAGUGGGGCCGGGCGAGCAAACUGCAGCUCGGCGCGGGCGAGCAGAAGCAGGCGGAGGAGCUCAUCGAGAGGUAUGCCAUCAACAUCUACCUCAGUGACAGGAUCUCCCUGCACCGCCACAUCGAGGACAAAAGGAUGUACGAGUGCAGGUCCCGGACCUACGACUACAGGAGGCUGCCCACCACCUCCGUCGUCAUCGCCUUCUACAACGAGGCCUGGUCCACCCUGCUGCGCACCAUCCACAGCGUGCUGGAGACCUCUCCCGCCGUGCUGCUCAAGGAGAUCAUCCUGGUGGACGACCUGAGCGACAGGGUGUACCUGAAGACGCAGCUUGAAACGUACAUCAGCAAUCUGGACCGCGUCCGCCUGAUCAGAACCAAUAAGCGAGAGGGCCUGGUCCGCGCCCGCCUGAUCGGAGCCACGUUUGCCACGGGCGACGUCCUCACUUUCCUGGACUGCCACUGCGAGUGUAACUCGGGCUGGCUGGAGCCGCUGCUGGAGAGGAUAGGCAGGGACGAAACAGCCGUCGUGUGUCCCGUUAUAGACACCAUCGACUGGAACACUUUCGAGUUCUACAUGCAAACGGGGGAGCCCAUGAUUGGCGGGUUUGACUGGCGGUUAACGUUCCAGUGGCAUGCGGUCCCCAAGCACGAAAGGGACCGGCGCACCUCCCGGACUGACCCCAUCAGGUCGCCCACCAUGGCUGGAGGGCUGUUUGCCGUCAGCAAGAAGUACUUCGAGUACCUGGGGACGUACGACACGGGGAUGGAGGUGUGGGGAGGCGAGAACCUGGAGCUGUCUUUCCGCGUGUGGCAGUGCGGCGGCACCUUGGAGAUCCACCCGUGCUCGCACGUGGGCCACGUGUUCCCUAAGCGCGCGCCCUACGCCCGCCCCAACUUCCUGCAGAACACCGCUCGGGCGGCGGAAGUGUGGAUGGACGGGUACAAAGAGCAUUUCUACAAUCGCAACCCUCCAGCGCGCAAAGAAGCGUACGGCGAUAUUUCCGAGAGGAAGUUGUUACGAGAACGACUGAGGUGCAAGAGCUUCGACUGGUAUUUGAAGAACGUGUUUUCUAACUUACACGUGCCGGAGGAUAGACCGGGCUGGCACGGGGCUAUCCGCAGUUUGGGGAUCUCUUCUGAAUGUUUAGAUUAUAAUUCUCCCGACAACAACCCCACAGGUGCUAACCUUUCACUGUUCGGAUGCCACGGCCAAGGAGGCAACCAGUUCUUCGAAUACACUUCAAACAACGAGAUACGGUUUAAUUCCGUGACCGAGUUGUGUGCGGAGGUUCCUGAGCAAAAAAAUUACGUAGGGAUGCAGAACUGUCCUAAAGAUGGGUCCCCUGCGCCGGUAAACAUCAUUUGGCGUUUUAAAGACGAUGGGACCAUUUUCCAUCCACACUCAGGCCUUUGUCUCAGUGCUUAUCGGACACCCGAGGGCCGGCCUGAUGUACAGAUGAGAACUUGUGAUGCCCUAGAUAAAAAUCAGAUCUGGAGGUUUGAGAAAUAGAAGGGCCCAGGGCCACUUUUUUCUGGAGCCGACAGUAGUGUCAGGAAAGCCAGAGCCUCAGUGAAGACUGAGGUUUGUCAGCCGUCCCCCGACUUUGAGAGCGCCAGAAAGCUGAGGUUCGUUGUGCAAUGUUACCCUGAAACACACAGUGCUGCUGUUUACUAUUUCAAAGUGCCUUCCUUAUAGGUCGUUUCGUUUGAGAACUUUGUCAGUGUGUCUCUUCUUAAAAAAGCUGACUGUAAAAAACAAAGUGACUGUGAAUUGAGAUACACAAAACACUUAAGUGCCAGACUUACGAUUAAAGAAUGUAAAAAUCCCACUAAAUGAAUGUGCAUUUUGAGCUAUCGCUAAUUUGGGUACAUAGAAUUUGGAUUUCUUUUAGCUAGUACCUUAAACCCUAUUUCCCCUAAUCAAAUACAAAUCAAAGGAAGUUGAUCUUAAGGAGGGAAAGGUCGGGUUUAAAUCUAUCUGUGAGUAGAUACCUGGUGUCACUGGAAGAGGGAAUUGCUUGGAACGUAGUUUGAAAACCUUUUUAACGUAGACAUCUGGAAAAUUAUACCCAGGACUGCAUGAAAUGGGGAGACAUUUACAUUCCACACUUUGUAGUCUUCCCCUGUCGGACUUCACUGACCUCUACAUUGAUACCUCGAACAGCUCUGGUUUUUAAGCUGUUCUGUGAACUUGUUUGUGAGUGUAGGGCAUUUUCUGAUUGCACUUCCUUAAGUUAUGAAUGUACUAAAAAGAAACUCAUUCAGAAUACUGCACCUCCCUUUGUUAAUGUUUAAUCAUGUAAAGGAAACACAGUUGAGGCCUCUGCAGUUAAACCCAACUGUGCUUACUAGAAUGUGUGAAACUGAAAGUGGCCUAGUGCUGCCAAGGCUCUGGCGCUUUCCCCUGAGCUCGCACUGAUUUGGACGUGGAGGGACUGUAAGAUCACAGUGGAGAAGGACUGCCCUGGCAGUCGUGAGUCCUGCCUUCAGCCGGUUUUCAGCACCCAGCAGCCUGGCACGGUGGCGCUUUCAGUAGAUAGGUGUGAAUGACUGGUGGAUGCAGGACUGACUCACCCAAGGAGUGUGACUUUGACCAAGUUAUUUAGCACACGUGGGCCUGUUUCCUUGUCUGUGGUUUCUGGGUCGGAUCUUGAAGAUCCCUUGUAGCUCUGAAACUUGGUUGUAUAUUUCCCCAUUAUUGGACCCAGUCACUGUGUAAUUUCUACAACACUUUUUAAUCCCUUCGCCGUAACAUAGGUAAUGCUGAACCAUUGAGCAAUGUUCAGUUUAUUUGUAAAGCUGGAAAAAAGAAAUGAUUUGAAAAAUUAAGUGAGGGCUGGGAGGAAGCACAGUGGUAGAACUCCUGCCUUAAAUGCCUGAGGCCCUGGGUUUGAGCCCCAGCACUGGAAAAAAACAUUUUUAAAGUGAGCUGAGCUCACCUGAACUGAUAUAUUUCUGUGGGCAUCAAGUUGUAGUUAUUGCUUGGAGUCAACAGUAUCAUUUUGGCAAUUGUUGAGCCAAUUCUAUUUUUAAAAAUUUAAACUCUACAAUAAUUUUUUGACUAAGAAUAUGAACAUUUUCCAAACUAAAUUACUUGAGAGAUAAAUAUAUUUUUUAAAGUAUUUUUGCUAGUUGCAUACCAAUGUUAUAUCCAGAAACCACAGGCUAAUCUCAGUAACUAAACUCAGUUACUUCACUUUGGUCUGGAUUUAUGGAAAAUGAAUGCUCUGCCUAAAGAAUCAGUCCACAGUACUCAUAAGUAACUUUAUUUUAUUUUAAAUGUUUAUAUGAUGAAUUGGGGAGUAGGAAGUUUGCAAAAUCUAAAUUUAAGAAAAUCGUUUAGGAUGUCCAUUUUGCAAAUUAAAAUUGCAGGGGCUGGGGAUUUAGUUCAGCGGCAA